AAACGUCUGCAAUCUAAAAAAUAAGCUGUGACUAUGAGUCAGAGAAAGACAGACAGGUUGUUUAGCAACCUGCCUGUUAGCGACAAAAUUUUUUCUGCCUCACUAUGUAACCUUGUGUGGUGAAGUGUUAAACAAGUGGUGCUGGUCCCUGGGUGGCAGAGGGGUUUAAGCCCUUGGUCAUGUGGAGAUCAAACUCCAUUUAAUCCUCUGGAGAGAGAGCGAGGAGAGAGCAGAAAGAAGCAGACAGUUUACCAGAGCCGAACUUCACUAAAGGCGAAGUUUUGCUUUGAGAAUCAACAACCGAGGAUACGCACGGUUAAACCUUUAUACUAGAGUAAUAUAAACUGUCUUAUAUCCUUUGGAGGUACGGUCGUGUAACAAGCUUUUGCAAACUCAUUCAAAAUCAUCUUGGACACACGGAUCUGGAUUCCUAUAUCCACCUACCUACUAGUUGGGAACUCUCACAGGCUUUGAGUUCUCUUGUGACCUGGGAAAAGUACGUCAUCCUAUUUUUGGCCUCUUGCUUUGGAAUAUCAGGCCACUUGUGACAUCUGGAAGAUGCUUUUUACUUUCUUUUGGUGUUUCUGACCAUCCCUUUUUGGACUUAAUCUCAAAAUUCAAGAUCUCACACCAAUUCUAAAAUUUAUUCAUAAAACAUUUGUUGCUAGUUUCCUCUGGAAUAACCUUCCACCUUGCAGAAAUACACACCGCACAUCCUGGAAAUUUGGUCAUCAACUCUUCCUGAGUAAGUGUCUCAUAACUUUUGUGAACAUGGCAAUGGCUCAAUCAAGCUCCUGCCCAAAUCCAGACCUGUCAACUUGUGCCAUUGUCCACAGUCCACAGUCUAUUAGUUCUGAUCUGAAUACUCAGAGAGAAAUAGGGAAUGAUGAUGGGGAAGAGGAAGAAGAGGAGGUGGAACUAGCUGAGGAGGUAGGGGAGGAUGUGUUGAUGAUGGGUGAGGAAGGAGAGGAGGGAGAUGAAGGAGAAAGUGAACAGCAGAGUGAAAGGGAAGAGGUGAGGUUUAUUGAAGUGGCCUUGUUUCCUAACGGAGCAAUAAGGGAGGAAGAGGGAAAAGGUAAAAAGCUAGAGGAAAACUUUGAGGGGGCAGUUGAAGCAGAAGAAAAAGAUCAGGAAAAACUAAAUGAACAAGCAAAAGAGGAAAUGAGUGAAGCAAUGACAAAGGGAGGAUCAGAAGACACAAAUGUAGGGGUGGAACAUCAAUGUGACGUUUUACCAAUGACAAACACUGAGAAGGUUGAAGACAUGAGAAAUGAACAAUAUAAACAAGAUAUAUUAAAACGGGAGGCAGACGUAAGGGAGGAACAGAUCAAUGAGGAAGACAGCAGAUUAAAUGACCACCAAAUCACGUCCCCUGUUUGUGAUGUAGAGAUUGUUGAGGAGUCAAGUCUUUCUUCUGAUGAGUCAGUUGUGGCCACACAGUCAUCUGAUGACACAUCCAAGACAAACAGUGCUGUUCUUUCUAAUAAUAAUGAGACAGAAAGGAUUGAGGGAUCAAUAACAUUUGAGGACUCUACAGAGGUAGACGAAGAAGUCACCGUUCAACAUGACCCAUGCCACAUUUCAACUGUUCUGUUUGGGACAGUUGACGUAUUAGGCACUGACCGACAGACUGUUCAAGUAACAAGUGAGCAUCUGGACAAAAUGAAAGACACAGAUAAAAGGGGCUCAGAGUCCAGCAUUCAGCAUUCUGAUAGCAUCACAUGGCAACAAUCAGAUGUAGAGCAGGCAACGUAUGAAAUAGAGGAAAACAAUGAGUUUUAUGUCCAGUCUGCUUCCAGUGCUGUUCUAGACAUAGAGGCUGAAACAAACUUGGAAGAAACACAACCACAGUUGGACUUUGUACCUCUUGAAGCACUGUCCCAGACCGAAGGACGGAUUGAGGAAAUAAGUCUUGAAGGGAUCAAUCAGACAGCACAUGAAGACGAGCAAGUGCGACAGGUUGGGGUUAAUACGCUAAUAGGUACGGAUGGGGGAGGGAAGACUACAGAAGAGGAGUGGAAGGCAUGUGAUAAUGUUGUUAGUGAGUUAAUGGACGAAGAAGAGGACAGAAGAAAAGGUGAUAAAGGAAUGAAUGAAGAAUCUACUGUUCAGUUUGAAAAACAGGCAAUGGUAGCUCUUGAAGAACCAACAGUCAAGUUUGUUGAAGAGGACACAUUAGAAGCGAAGCAACAUGUGGAUUUGGACCAGGUGGAGGAGGCCUUUGAAUUGGAAGAACACUGUGAAGUUGAACUGGACCAAACAGAAGGUGAGGUCACAUCAGACAAGAACGAGUCCAAAACAGAGGGCAAUGAAUUCCAGGAUCAUUCAAUGCAGCUCCUUGGAGAAACCAGGACAGACUGUAAGAGCAUCUUCAGAGAACAGCCACAAAAUCAAAUCACCAUACAACAUGAAAAUGAUGGAGAAGAACUUGAAGACACAAUGGUGGAAGAGGUAGAGAUGGCAGAAGAGCCAGUUACUGUUUUAGAUGAUGAAAUUGAAGAGACAGAGGAGAAUCAGACAAGUGAGGAACAGGAGCUAGCUACUUGUGAAGAAACAACCUCAAACACAAAAGACACAGAGUUUCAAGAGCCAGAAGAGAAAGAUCAGAAGCAAAAAGGUGAAAAAGGAACAGGACAGAAUGACAAAAAGCCAACAGAUGAUAUGAGAGAGGUGGAGUUGGACAUCAAUGGAAAAGUCAAUAAAUUGAGGAAAGCAAUGGAAAAUGGGAUCUUGUGCCCUGAGCCACAUCAACUCAGAAAACAAGAAUGGGGAACAGCAAGACUGCGAUCACCCAGAAGGAAAGAUAACGACUGGAUUAAAAAUGAUGAGCCAGAAGACAGCAACGAAAUUGAGCUGAAGGACUGGAGGAAAGAACUGAAACCUGUGAAGAGAGACUGGGAAAAUGAAGGUGGGAGGAAGGAAUGGAUGAAGAAGGAUUCACCGCCAGAGGAGACAGCUCCGCCAAAGAGGGACGACUGGAUAAAGGAGUUGAAGUCAGUGAUCAAAGACGAAUCCUUGCCGAAAAAGAGAAGUGAGCAGGGGAAGAAGAAGCGAGUGGUGCUGCUGGAGGAUGGCCACUCAUACAUCCCCCAGCGAGAGGAGAUCACAGAGGACAAGAAAGAGGAGGUGAAGCUGAUCUCCCAUAAGAGGGUGGAGAGUCCGCUGCCCUACGUGCGAAGGAACAGCAAAACACCCCAAGACCAGGAAUACGAGAUCUCGCUUUAUGUCAAGGCAGGGAGUGAUGGGGAGAGCAUUGGAAACUGUCCCUUUUCCCAGAGACUCUUUAUGAUCCUGUGGCUUAAAGGAGUCAUUUUCAAUGUGACCACUGUGGAUCUUAAACGGAAGCCUGCUGACCUACAGGACCUCGCUCCAGGAACCAACCCUCCAUUUGUGACCUUUAAUGGUGAGGUCAAAGUUGACGUCAACAAGAUCGAGGAGUUCCUGGAGGAGAAAUUGACCCCACCACGCUACCCCAGACUGGCUCCCAGACAUCUUGAAGCCAACACAGCUGGUAUUGAUGUGUUCGCCAAGUUCUCAGCUUACAUCAAAAACCCAAGAAAGGAUGCUAACGAUGCCUUAGAAAAAGCCUUGCUGAAGUCUCUUCGGCGCCUGGACGAGUUCUUGAGGACGCCCCUGUCUGAGGAGAUUGAUGCUUACGCCCCCGGAGACCUGCCUGAGUCCACCAGGAGUUUCCUAGAUGGUGAUGAGCUCACUCUGGCCGACUGCAACCUGCUGCCAAAGCUACACAUCCUCAAGGUCGUGGCCAAGAAAUACCGUGGAUUUGAGAUCCCAACAGAGAUGACAGGGGUGUGGAGGUAUUUAAAUGGCGCCUACCAGCGAGAGGAGUUCACCAGGACCUGUCCUGCAGAGAGAGAAAUUGAAUUUGCUUACCUGAAUGUCGCAAAACGAAUCAAAUAGGAGCAAGAGUAACAAAAGAAAAACGAGUCAACAAAAUAUGACAAGCCAAAAGAUGGUGGGGUAAAAUCAAAACAUACACAAACAGGAGUUCAAUAAAUAAUAAAAACACAGGGCAAUAUCUACACAGCCCUUGAACUAAAGCAUCUACAGGUUUUAGGUGCAUUUCCAAGUUAUGUGUUUGUGUGUGUUUGUGUGUGUGCUCCCACGGGCUGGGCUGCACGCCAGCUUUCUAAUCAUUAUGCUAAUCAGUUAAAGUUGUUUAAAGAUGAGAGGCUUGCUCGCAGAAUUAAUUUCUUUUUAUUAACUGUUCAGACAAUGGCAGGGCCAGGUUCACUAUGAGAACUACAUUAACAGCACGGCAACAUAUCAGCAAGAAGUAAAGUAAAGACAAGUAAUAAACGUAAAGUUCAAGGGCAUUGGAAUUAAAGCUAAUAUAUUUUCAAUGUUAAUCUAUGGCCUUGACCAUCAUGUACCUGGCUUCAUUUCUCAACCUUGUCAGUGUAUUUACCUACAGUAUUAACUGAAAUUUGUGUUUGUUGGACCUUUGGAGCCUUUGGACCUGCAGCUGCUCAUCCAUGAGGGGAUCCAGGUUAUGUUUUAUCAAACUGAUAUCCCAGCAGUGAGUCUGUUACAUCAGUUGGUACAUUUUCAAUACAAUAACAGUGGUGGUACUACUGUCGUUUUUUUAGACACCAAUUUUAAUGUUAUAAAACUCAAAUUUUCUUCAUAGACCAUAUGACAGAAUUAAUAGGUUUGUACUUCACCUGUCUGUAGGCACAGUGCCCUAUGAUGUACCAGACCAGGGUUGUCAUGGUUACAGCAGUAAAAGUGGUGGUCUGUUAUUCAAAGGUCAGAGUUCGGAACAAAAAUAAUGAGAUUUGGUCACAUCAAAUAUUGAGUUGGAAAUGGGAAACGAGUCACCGUCUCUCUUUUCAUAGUUAGUGUCUUUUUUCCUCUUGUCCACAGAUGUGUUUUAGCCAGGAAUUUCUAGCCUACACUUAUUUUCACAAGGAGCAAUUUGGAGUUUCGUGUGAUGACUAAUGAGACCUUGACGUGUGAACUGGAAAAGCUAAAAACCCCUGAUACAUUCAUACAAACAUACAAACCUGGUCUUCAUCCAGUGUGGAUGUAACAUUUCUGUCACUUUUGACUAUUUCUUUGGCUAUAACAGGUACGGCCACUAGAAAAUACUUAUAUAAGGACAAGCAUCAUGAGUAGGCAGGAGGCGCUCAACUGAGCCACAGUUACAAGCGUGACAACAGUUGCUUUUACACAGAAACACAAAACCUGAAAAAUUUAAAUCACUUUCUUUUUUUUUAGAAAACUGAGUAUAAGGAAAAGUAGUAGUUAAGGAAAUCUACUAUUAAUAAAAGUAUUACUUUGUGCAAAGCAGGAUACUAACAAAGUCUAUGAAAGGCUGAUGGAGCACUAAAAAACAGCCAAAAACAGUUAUCUUGUGAUUCUUUAUUUUUACUAUUUGCUUCUUAUUUGGAUGGUUUGACCCACUAGUCAGCCAGUUUUCAGUAAUGUUCACUCUAGUCACUAAGUCAACAUCUGACAUUCAAUUUCCAAAGAAGAAGUAGGAAAACUCUACAAAACAAAACAAAUGGUUAUGAUGAAUUUACUGUAUGUUUGGCCCUUUAAAGGUCGACAGUGCUACUAAUACAUGUGAUCAGCUAACAAACAUAUACAAACCAUUAAAAGAAAAAUAAUGCUUAAGUUAUGUUUAGCCUUACUUGAUCAAAUCCAUUCAUAACUUCCAAAACAAGUUAACUAAAGUGUGAUGGAAAUGGAUCUUUGUGCUGUUCUGCCUAUUUUAAAACCUUGAAUGUAGUCACUGCAUAAAACAGUUAAACUGAUUUUCUUUUCUUAGCUCAGUGUUUGUCUUAAUGAUGAAUCAGUAAUUUAAUUAAUGAUGGUAUUAGGACUUGAUUAGAUGUAAGAGCUUUUUCUACUUGUAUUUUAUUACCCGGCAUAUGUACUGAUUGCGCUCAUUUACAUUGUGAUUAUCCAGUAAAACCGCUUUUGUGUGGCUGAGUGUGGGCAGGUUUUGGUGCUGCAUUGUUUGGCUGGUUGUACUGGCUGUUGAUUGAUAAAUUUCAAUUCACCUAAAUGUCACUGUAAUGAAAAUCUUCGGCAUCCACAGAUUUAUCCUUAUUUAGCAUAAGUAAAAAGGUUGUUUAUGCCAUAAAGAAUAUGUAAAGAUGUUUCAACUUUUAUCCAGUAAAGGACUAAUGCCUUUUGGAUGGAAGGUGAAACGUCUUCAAGUAGACAAAGCACGUCCAGUUGCCACAGAACUUUGGUUCACGUUUGUGUUUUAUUUUUUUCCAGUACACUUUCAGUUCACACACAAACAAGCUCAGCUUUGUCUCAGUUUUCUGUCUUUGAUUAAAAUUAAUCUCUUUGAUGGAUUAUUGGCUUAAUUUACAGUUUCUUCACCAACACGACAGCCCAUUCGGUCUCAGGUGGAUGUUAUCUGUUAGCUGCACCAAACCCACCCUGACACAUGCCUGCUGAGUUCUGGCCUUAUAUCCUCUCUGGGGGGAGAAUCUUUAUUAAACUGAUUUUAUCACUGUA